GACUCGUUUUUCAGACAUUCUCGGCCUCGAGGAUGGGUGUCUUUGACCCGCCUUGGGAGAGGCUAAAAUGACCGCCCUCCCCGGUGGCCCGCCCCUGCUACUAGAGUGAGCCAAUCAGCAGUCAAAAUAUCACUGCAUAUUGGCUUAUGAUUGGAUGUCUCUAUUGUGAAGCAAAUCCCUCUCUGCCUUGGCGGCACUUCGUCGCUAGAUGCACGGUCGGGGCGUGAGAGUUGCCCCUCCGGGUUGAUUCGGUUAGCGAGAGGGUUUAGGGCCAAGCUGGGCUUUGGAGAGAGGCCAAGCCAGUGUAGAAAGCUGUUCUGUUCUAGCCUGGACUUCAGACCGCCCUUACAAAAUAGCUCAGGGCGGUUCACAAACAUCAAAGACCCUUUAAAACAAUUUAAGAGCACUGGAAGGCCAGGCCGAACAGAUUACCAUGGGUGAUUUUGAAAAGGGUAAAAAGAUCUUUGUUCAGAAAUGUUCUCAGUGCCACACAGUUGAAAAAGGUGGAAAGCAUAAGACAGGCCCAAAUCUUUGGGGUCUUCUUGGCCGUAAAACAGGACAAGCUGCUGGCUUUACUUAUUCAGAUGCAAACAAGAAUAAAGGUAUUGUCUGGAGUGAAAAUACCCUGAUGGAAUACUUGGAGAACCCUAAAAAAUACAUUCCUGGAACAAAAAUGAUUUUUGCUGGUAUUAAAAAGAAAGAUGAGAGAGCAGAUCUUAUUGCAUACUUGAAAAAAGCAACCUCUUCAUGAAACAUGAUAGCAGCUUCUGCGAUGUCUAUAUAAUCCCCCAAUUUGCAUAUCACUUCUUCCAAAAUGGAUGUUUCAUUAAUGUGCUAACAUUUGUUUGUUAGAGCAUUACCUAAGAAAAAUCAAAUAAAAGUUCAGAUGCUCUGUCUUCUAACAAAACAA